AUCUGUGUUUCAAAAUAUGUAGAAAUAUGUUCUCCAUAUUUUAAUCGAAUUAGUGCGAACACGAAAUAUUUUUAUGCCGAACUUUCUCGUGGCACUCAACAUUUUGGAGCAUAAAAAGUUAAGAGAGCGUAUAGCGAUAACGGUAGGGACUACCUUACCUUGCAAUUUUACCCGUUCUCUUCCCCUAUUCAAAAUCGCAUCUCCCAAAGUCUCUCAUCUCUCUCUCUGAGUUCUCGACUCGUCGACAAUGGAGUCGCCCCAACGCGUCCAAACCCUAGCCGAGUCGGGGCUCUCCCUCCUUCCCGAGGAGUACAUCCAACCCCCUGAUCUCCGCCCCAAUCGCUCCACCGACACCACCACCUUCGCCGCCACUGUCCCCAUCGUCGACCUCGCCUCCUCCCAUGGCGGCCCCCUCCCCGAGCUCCGCCGCGCCUGCGCCGAGUGGGGCGCCUUCCACGUGGUGAACCACGGCGUGCCCCUCCGCCUCCUCGACGCGAUCAGGGGCGCGGGGCUCUCCUUCUUCGCAGCGCCCAUGGCGGAGAAGCUCCGCUUCGCGUGCGACCCCGCGUCGCCCGCGUCGGAGGGGUACGGGAGCCGCAUGCUCGCCAAGGACGACGGGGUGCUCGAUUGGAGGGACUACUUCGACCACCACACGCUCCCGGAAUCGCGGCGAAACCCUAGUCGGUGGCCCGGUUUCGUCCCCAGUUACAGGGAUAUUGUGGUGGAAUAUAGCAACAGUAUGAAAGAGCUUGCUCAAAAACUGUUACAUUUGAUCUCGAGAAGUCUUGACUUACCGCCUUCGUAUAUUGAAGAGGCAGUUGGGGAAGUUUACCAGAACAUCACAAUAAGCUACUACUCUCCUUGUCCACAACCCGAACUUGCUCUUGGCUUGCAAGCGCAUUCCGAUAUGGGCACCGUAACGCUUCUAAUCCAAGACGACGUGGGAGGGCUCGAGGUAUUGAAGGACGGGGAGUGGGUAAUCAUGCAGCCUUUACCUGAUGCCAUUGUUGUCAUCUUAGCAGACCAAAUGGAGAUCAUAAGCAAUGGGGAGUAUAGGAGUGCUCAGCAUCGAGCCAUCGUCAAUUCUAACCGCGCUCGCCUCUCUGUUGCCACAUUCUACGAUCCAUCAAAGGCGAGGAAAAUAUACCCCGCUCCGCAACUAAUAAACGAGCACCGCCCUGCAAAGUAUAGGGAGGUUCUUUACGGUGACUAUGUUUCUUCUUGGUACAGCAAAGGUCCCGAGGGCAAGCGCAACAUCGACGCCCUUCUGAUCCAAUAAUAAUAGCAAAUUUUUUCUGAUAGCACACAUGAUCUGUAAGCAUCUGUUUUGAAGUGCAAUAAUGCGGUCGUCGUAUCCACCAGGAUUUAUAGAGGAAGACAAAAAUUGCUUUGAAUUAUGUCAACUUUUUAGUGAUGUAAAGGGGAAAUUGGUCGAUCAAUAAACUGAGUUCAGAUUAAGUUCUCGUUAAAUUUUUGUUGGUGUAUUUCUCAUCAUAUCAUGAUGAUUCUUGUGUACAAUAAUAAUAAUUUUUCAGAUGGAUUUAUGACUCUUUAAAAAUUCGGGAUUGUACUUUUGCCGUUAA